UGUCUUUCUAUCUCAUCGAAUCAUCUCAUCUCGUUCCAUCCAGCCAUCAUCAGCUCGGAGGACAUAGCACAUAUCACAAGCCAACUACAACCACAGCAGUGUUUAUACAUCACCAACUAUCAAGGUCGAUUCAAACUCGCCUCACUCUCCAUCCUCAUCCACAAACCCAUCCCCAUACAUACACAUCCCUCACAUACACACAACCACCCAUAAUGGCCCCCCGUAUCCCCGCCGCAAAGUCCACCGAGACACUCUGCUACGGCGUCGCCACCGUAGGCGCCUUCCUCCCCAUCUACCUCAUGCUCCCGGGAGCCGAGCAGCGCCUCGCCUCCCAGACGACAAAGUGGGCGCCCCGCUGGGAGCGCAACCUCUCCUACUUCACGCCCGCCGCCGAGAGGGGCAUCAAGCGCGUCGAGCCACCCGUCUCCAACAUUGUCCGCCGCAUCGACAACAGGCUACCCCUCGAGAAGAUGGCAAAGGGCCUCGACAAGAGGAUCAAGAACGGUAUUGACCGCUUCAACAACACCAAGUAGAUGACCAACGGAGGCCACGGUGUUGGAGGGGGGAAGGUGAGGGAGGGGUGGUGAAAGUUAUGUAAAGCCGUGUAUACACUUGUGCAGCUGGAUAGGCUGAGGAAAGAGUGGAGGAUACCGGAAAGAUGAUACCACAUCUGGCUCUAGAGAUAUAGAGGAUGCAUUAGAUAUCUCAUAGAAGACGCAGCAACAAACAAAGAACAAAUAAAACAGUUAAACUAAA